AUGCUGUCCACAACAACUUCUCGUCAUCAGCCCACAAGUGGUGAGAAACCGCCUCCUUCAUCUACAGAGAAAAUUAUUCUCAAACUGGACGACUCGGAUGAUGAUGCUUCUUCCAUAGAUUUUGGUUCAGCAAGUUGUACAAGAUCCUCGUUCAUCUCUGUGGUGUUUUCUGAUGAAAUUGGCAAGAAUGACGAUCAUUUGGAGAAACAACCUCAUCAUAAUGAAGAAAUUGGCAAAGCUCAUCAUUUGCAAGUCCAUCAUAAUCAACAACAACAACCGUUAACACUUUCUCAAUCACCAACAACACCAACAGCAGCAACGGGUUCACUGGAAGAACCUACAACACCACUUUUCCUCAGCACCUCACAUCUUUCAAAAACUUCCUCACAAAUUGCAUCGUCACCAAUGUCACUCUCCAUGUCAGGAAAUGGAAAUGGGCCAUACCGAAGAGUUUCUAAAACUCUGGUCAGUCUUUCAAAAUGUUUAUUGGGAGAUAACUCGUUGAAGGUUGGAAGUCAUAUUGCAGAACGGUCAUCAGCACCUUGUUUUGAGACUGGUUCAAGCACUUUUACAGAUUGUUCUUUACCUCCUGAUUUGUAUGAAGCUGUGACACCUAGGACUCCAAACUCCUCAUCUCAAACCACCACCAAUUCGAAUACUUUGGAAAAUGCCUCAACAAGCCCUCUUCUUUCUUCGAGUGGAAAUAUUGAUGGAAAAGAAUUAAUUGACAGGUUGACACAAAUGAUCAAAAACAAUGAAUUGAAAACCAAGAGUUCAAAUCCACCUAUUUCAUUUUCGUGCGAUUAUUGCUCAAAUCCAAGCUCUCCUACCCAUUCUGAAAGAAACAGUAGGCCAUCUUCUCCAAGUCAUCAAUCAAAGUGUCAAAAUUCCCCUACACAUUCACUACACUCAUAUGACUCAUUUGGUUCAAACAAUGGAAAACUUACAAGAAACAAUGAAACUUGUCCUGAAGAAUUUUUUGGGCCUCAUGUGGUCGAAUGCGUUCUCAAUGAAAUGCUUUGGCCUCAAUACUCGUUUUGUACAUUAUGUCAUUUGGCCGCCAGAUUUAAUAGUGUGGAAGUCUUGAGCUGGCUCAAGGAUUGUUGCUGUGAUGAAAAUUGCCGAACAGAUGUCACUGAUCAUCCUACCACCCCAAAUUUUGAAGCGUCUCCAAACACCAGCAUUUCAACGACACACUCUCCAACAACGAAUCAUAACGAUGUAAGGAUUCAAAUAGAUUCAGCAUCACCUCCAAGGCUUUCACUUGCAGUCAACAUUGAUAUGAAUUCAAUGACAAUUCCAACUACCACAGAGUUUCACGAUGCCAUCACAUGUGCCUCAGCAAAGGCUAGCUUCUCCUCACAAACAAGUUUGCUAAGUGAUGAGAUCAAUAGCUUCACCUGCAGCACCUCUCAUCCUCAAGUUUCUAUUCAAUUUCCAGCUGAACAAGAUCAAACUAGUCACACACUCCAUUCUCAUGACUGCAUCAACAGACAAAAGAACUUGUGGACAACUCUUGAUAGUAUAUCCGCCUCACCGCUCCUGUAUGCAGUUCAGUACGGAGCUCAUGAAGCAUGUGUUUUUCUUUGUAGUCAACCUGCUGUUCAAAGUCAAAUCAAUUUUACUAGGGAUAGGUUUGGUAAUUUACCCAUUGUCCUAGCUCUGAAGAAAAAAGACUUUGUAUUGUGUGACUUGUUACAACUGUUCGGAGCCAAAUUUGACAUGAUUGGAAGCGUGGCAUUAGGUGAAUCACUUCUUCAUACCGCUCUGAGAGAGCUUGAUAUUGUCACCAGUGAAUAUCUUGUAAAGAAGAACCCAAAAAUUAUUUUGAAAAAGAAUCAGAGAGAUGAAAUAGCAUUGUUUAGAGCCCUUCGUGAUUUCAGACCUACUGGUAUUAACAAACAAAUGACGGUCUCCAUUCCAGGCAAUCCAAACUCUCCACCAAAAAAGACACUUGUAAAAACAAAUAUUGUUAGAGAUUCAAACACUCUUGGUAAUCAUGCUGUCACAUUGAGAGAGUUUUUGGAGAAAGGUCCUGAAUGGCUCGGUGAAGAUUUACUUGAAAAAGCAAUUACCUGUAAGAAUAGUUUUGGAAGAAAUAUUUUACUGGAAUCUGUUGCAAUUAAUGAUAUUGAUUCGACCAAAGUACUUUGUGGUUACAUUUCCAGAAAAUUGGAUACGUGUGUUGGAAGGACAAAGAAACAGUUUGAAGAAAUGGUAUUUGAUCCAGAGAAAAUCAACACCAUGAAUAUUAUUCAGCUUGCAAUUCAAUCCUCACUUCAGGUUUCAACUCACAGGUCCGAAGAAACAUUCUUUGUAUUUAAUGGAUUUUGUUGGCUCUUGGAUUGGUUAAGGAAGACUUUUUCCGUGUCAUGUCCUCAUUCUCUUGCUCAGUUACUCUCCUCAAGAGACUCUAAAGGGAGAACAGCAAUAGAGAUUGCUGCCAAAGAGUCUGAAACCAAUUCUUCAUUCAAAAUGUUUCAUCAAUUACUAUUUGAAACCGAAUCGACAUGGAAAUCCCUUGUUCCAGCAACAGCAAAACUCGAGAAUUCUCCCUCAAUCAAAAUUAAUUCACCCUCAAAAAAGGGUGGCUCUGCAUCCUCAGGAAACAUGACACUCUCUCCAUCACCUUCUUCUUCCUCAAACAACCACUCCUCCAACCAUGGCGGAUUCUUUUCCAAGCUGAAAUCUAAACUUCAAAGACAUACAUCACCAAGAAACAUUAAAUAA